AUGAGCUGUCACGGAAUACAGAAAAGAUUUGCCUGUGAUCGCUGCCGCGACCAGAAGCUGCGGUGUCCCCGGGUCGACAACAACAGCCAGGAGCCUUGCGCCCGAUGCCAACGCGCAAGUGCCCUCUGUGUCACAAGCGGUGCCCGGCCUCUUGGCCGGCCACGUACAAACCCGGCAUCUACUGCAGUCCCAGGUCUCACGACCAGUCGUGGCCGCCCACCGCGAUCCCAGUGUAAUUCGGAUACGUCUUUGCUGCCGUCAGCACUCGAACAACAACGCCCAUAUGGAUCAAAAUCGACGAUAGUUCAAACCCCAGAGGCUCUAGAGUGGCCGCCACACGCUACAAUCGACACGACGAACGAGUAUGGUCAUCCCGACCCCAUGCUAGAUACAAGACAUGCGCAUGUCAGCCCCCCACAAAUAACCGAAGCAACAUUUGAUGGGUUGGAUCAUCUCUUCGGUGUGCUUGUCGCGAACGACGACCUCACAGCCUCGUUGCCUGCCAGCCGCAGUGCGCAGGAUGGAGCCCCAAGUUUCAACUUAGGGCUCGACGAGGACCGACAUGGCAGCUCAAUUCACAGGGCCAACAGAUCAGCUCUAGCUAAUGACAUGGUUCUUUGUGGCUUGCAACACGACGGGGCGGCUGGCGACGCUGUUCCGCCUGUGGAUGCCGUACAGAUGAGCGCCCCUCAUACAUUAAUCUCGCUCUCCCGCCUGAACGAGGACCUCGGUCAGCAACUCGCAAAGAUGGACUCGUGCCCCUCGAAACCAUCGCCACUGAUGCCUCAUCUAUGCUUUGCCGAGCUAAGCUCCUCCGCGGACAACCCUGUCGCCAAAGCUGUCCAGACCACAACCUCGUUUGUCGCGAUUCUCAAGUCUCUCUCGCCUCACGGCGAACCCUCCGACACAUGGUCGAUCUCGGAUUCGGGCAUCUCUGUGGCUACCCCCGGCACCUGCCCCGCCAUAUGUCCGCUCAGUAUGGCCACGUAUUUACUCGUCAUCUCCACCUAUCUCCAGCUGGUCCAACUGUUCAACGCGAUGUUCUAUCGCAUGGCCGAGUUCCUUGGUAAGGUAACCGGCGAUACCAUGGGUGAAUGCCAGCCUCGGCCCGAAUUUCGAAUAGCUGGUCUGCCUUCCAUGCCUAGUGGCCUUUACAUCAAGAUCCUAAUCGAGAUCAUCGAACAUCAGUUCGAGAGUGUCGAGUCGCUGAUGGGACUUCCAGCCGAGUGCCGUAUCUCUGCGCGAAGCACGUCGUUUGCAGGAAUCUUCAGCGACCGAAACGUAUCAGAGCUUCUGCACUUGGUCAUGGGCGAGGUCGAUCACGAGACCCGGGGCAGACCAGGGGCCGUGAUGACGGGGAAAUCAGUUUUGUUGUUGCUCCGGGAAAACAUAAAAAGUGUGCAGAAGCUUUUGCGCGGAUGA